CGCUGAGUCAGGCUGACUUGAAGAGACUAGUGAGAACCUGCUCCACACAACCUUCAGACUCACUUCUUCGACUCAAGAGGCUCCAUUAAAGCUGAGCUGGUUGAGUCCUCCAGAAGGUGUCAGAUAUCAGGGAACGUAGCUGGUCGAGAUCCACUUUACUCAAAACUGAAGAGCCUUGGUCUUACUGACAAACGACCGGAAACCGUUGAUUUUUGUGAAGAGCGUAAAGAUGCAAGAGAAAGGCUUCUUCACCCAAAGGAAAGCGGCAGUGGCACUGUGCAUUGUGCUGCUAAUGCUGGCUCAGCAGGUGUGUGCAGGUCCGUUGGUCCCACAGGUCCAGUCCAGCUCUGACCGGAAGGCAGACUCAAGUGGCCAAACUCUGAGGAGGACAGCUCGGAUGACCCCGCUGUGGAGGAUCAUGAAUAGUAAACCAUUUGGAGCUUACUGCCAGAACAACUAUGAAUGCUCCACAGGACUCUGCAGGGCGGGACACUGCUCUACCACCCACCGCUCCCUCUCAGAGCCUGUGAACUACUAGAUGGCCCAGGACACAGCAGGUGCAUUGACAUGAAUGUGGCGGCCAUAAUCCUUAUGAAAGGUUCUCAUUACUUGGAUUAUCCACUUAUCCAGGCUUUAUUUUUUUUUUUAUCCGUUUUAUAUUUAUAUGUGCCAAUACGUUGCUGAUAAUAUCUAAAUGUUUAUAUGAAUUUACACUGCAGGUAGUAGAUACAUCAAAGAAAAGGCAUGUCAGGGGGGAAACCACUGCUCCAUAAAAGACCAACAUUUGAAAUAUCACUCAAAUGAAGAUAUUGCAGAAGAAGAGUUGCGAAAGUGCAAAAAUGGAAGAAGGGAGUAAUUUAGCCUUGCAUAUUUGAUGUUUUUCAUGAUGUGAUCAUCAACAAUGGUACAAACAAUUGAAAAGUAACGUUAGCCUACUUGUUUCACACUGAUAUGGAGCUCAAAGCUGAGACUUUGUGAUUCAAAAUCAAAUCAAAAGUACCAUUUCAUCCCGCUAGUGUUAAGAAAUAUCAAAAGACAUGUUUGUUCUGAUUUCUGGAGGAUGAGGCUGGGGUCGAAUUGAAAGUUAAGUAAAAGGUUUAAUGAAACUACAUGAAAACGACAAUCAAACAUAAAACACUGCCAGCAGCAGACUGCAAAACAUGUUUCCCCUAGUGGGGACACAGAUUGCAUCCAUGCGACAUGACAAAACAAUACGCUGUAAACAGCGGACUCCAACUGCUUCCCUUGCGGGGUCACAGAUUGAAGUCCCGAAUUCACCUCGGUUUCCGAAUUAUAUUCCUGUGGAAUUGUGGGUCUCUGAUUAAGGACACACCUCUGAUUUUAGGUUUACUCCAGGUCACAGACUAAGGUUGAUUAUCAUUUAGUGCUGAUUAUAUUCAAGUUUACAGAGUUUGCAUUUCCUUUGUUCUAACCCAGACUUGGCACCAGGAGGUUGGAGACUCAAAGAGACGUUUCUCUUCAUGUGUUAAUAGUUGGUUUUAACCUAAUCAAUUUAACCAAAGACAGGAAGAGAGGGGGAGAGAAAUAACCAGCUGUUUUUACCUUAGUAGGCUAGUCAUUCUAGAUUCCAUUCCUAUUUUCAUAACCUGACUGCAGAAUACAAUUUAUUAUUUAAAACAUAAAACAUAAGCAUGGUUUUAACUUUUUACAACCUAACACUAGUUACUGUGGCUGUACCUUCACAAAUGAUAGAAUCAAGUCUGAUGUCUGCAUAAAUUGAUAACAAGGCUCUACUGGCGACGGCACAUUGUUUGCCUGAUAUUAUGACGCCUUGUUAUCAGACAUUGAAGCACGGAUGUCACUAGCAUGCUAACGCGCUAAUCGCGAUUAGCAUCACAACUUUUGAAGUCGUACAGUAUUAAAACUACACAACCACUUAUUUAGCUUCUAGAUUACAAUAAGUCAUCCGACAGGUGGCAUUACUCUUUGUUAACCGAGAUUAUACACAUAUUAUUUAAUUCUCUACCAACAUCAAGUGUUUUCACAUAGCUAACGUAAAGCUAACGUUAGCUGAGUGUGCUUUAAAUUUGAAUAGCAUGUAGGCUAGCUCAUCCGGUGGUACUCUGUAACUUGGCUAAAACUUGAUUUAAAAGAAAAGCAAGAGUACUUACAAUAAAAAAGUGAUUCAAGAAAACAGCAAGAGUAGCCUACUAUCAAGUCUUGAGUAUAAUUCCUCUAGACAAACAGAACCCGAAAAAAAGAAACUGCACUGGUAACAAAACCAGUUUAAACUGUCAGUAAAAGAAAGUUGCCACAGCAUGUUUGUCCUGAUUUGUUAUUAAUUCCUGCUUCUGUUAUAGCAACAAUUGGUUAUCUUACACCCAAAAAUCUUUAAAUAUGACACAUAUUUAACAGUCACUCAUGCAUUAUGACUUAUAUAUUAUAUUAUAGCUAUUGUUAACAGCAGGAACAUCAUCAAUCUGAAUCAUUCGUAUUAAUCAACAGGCCUUAAAUCUCCAACAGGCAUACAAAUGCACUUGUUAUCCCUUAAACAAAGCACCUAAACAUGACUUAACUGACUUGCUGCGAUCACAGUCAACUGUCAAAAAGUGUUCAAGAGAGAAAAAGGAUUGAUAAAGCAAAGUAGGAAAAAGGGCAUGAAUGAAGGAACAAAAAGGGAGGAGAUAAGAUAAAAGAGAAGCAUCAGAUGUUACAAAAUAUUGAUGCAAUUUUGAUUUCAACAUCCCUGUGUUUGUUGUUCUAGUGUUUUCUUUAGAGCGUUAUUUUUAAGAAGGCAGAGCUUCUUGUCAAAGUUAGUGAAGGCAACAUUCAUAAAAUGUAAUGCAUGCGUACUGAUUUGGUGUAAUGCAAUGAUUCUCAUAUUUUCUCUCAUAAUUUAUUUUAUCCUCUGUUUCCAAAUUAUUAUUAUUUUUAAAUGUACCAAUUUACAUCAUUUUAUGUAUGUAUGUAUUUCUUUAUUUUAUUUUUUACAUAUAUUUGUUUAUGUUAUUUUAAUGGUUUGUUUUAGAAUAAUCAAUCACACUAACUGGAUUUUGUUCAACUUUUUCAGUGGAAACUUUUAGAUAUCUACUUCAGUCAAUCUUAAAUGUGUAGGCUAACCAAUUUAACAAAUAUCUUGGCCAAGUGUACAAAUAUUAGCAACAGAUUCAUAAUAACGAGCUGCACAGCUUUGUUUUUUUUGCACAUCCAUCUCUUCAAAUUAAUAAGCGACCGUGGAUUUCGCUUCAACUCGCCUGCAUAGUUUACUUCAUGCACAGAGCAGGUGGUUGCUGAUAUUUUGUACACUCAUCAUGUUUGACAAAUGUUUUACUAGGAUUGCACUUUUAAACCCAAAUUAUCUUUGUACUGUGUACUAUCUACUGUACUGUAUUACUUACAUGUAGAAGGCUGGAGAAAAGUGAAAUAAAGCUUUUGAAAAAAUUCAA